GAAGUGCCAAGUUGCACGAAUGUUAGUGCUAAAGCACUCAAUAAACAGGCGGAACCUUAUAAAGCCGAAAUCAAGAAAGCUGCUGAACGUUAUAGCGUUAGUCCAUCGUUGAUCAAGGCGGUUUCACCAGAAGGCGCGAUUGGUUUAAUGCAACUCAAGGCGGAUACUGCUAAGCGUUUUGGUGCAUUGGAUGCGUUCAACCCGGAAGCGAAUAUUGAUGCGGGGACGCGCUACUUAAGUUAUUUGCUGAAGCGCUAUCAAGGCAGUCUAGCUGAGGUAUCGGCGGCGUAUCUCAGCGAUAGAGGUACGUUAUGGCAGGAUGGAAGCGUAACGGUUUCCCUGAGC